AUGGCAGGCGCUCGACUCUACGGUGGACCUGACUUCAGCAGAAGCUGCGGAGCUCAGCAAUCCCACACCAGUGCUGGCACAGCCCUGGCAGCAGCGCUUGUGGCUGCGCCGCCGAAGGCCGACUUAGAUGCGUCCAACAGGGACCGACUGUGGCUGCCGGCGAAGGCUGCCUGCACCUCCUCGACGCAAGCGACACUUCGCGACAAUGCGUAUCCCCGUGCACCUGGUUUCACUGGGAGUGCGGACGAUGUUCCAACGCAGUGGCUCGCGGCACCGACGGUGCCCACCCCAGCUGAGCCACGACGGCUGCGUGCGGCGCAAACGGACCCGGGUGUGGGUCGGCCGGCUGGCAUGCGCACGCCCAGGGCCGUACGGGCUUGGCAGUCUGCAGACGAAGCGCUUGUGGCCGAGGUCCAUUGCAAGCCCCCUGGCGGCGGCCCGGACGUCGCCAUGGCGGAGGAUGCCGGCUGGGCGCCGAAUCGGCAAUUCCUGCCGGAGGAGCUCCGGUACAAUCCUAUCACCCACGAGGUGGAGGUCUAUGUGAAUAGAGACGGCAAUGUCCAAAAGUGCGAGCCGUCCGCACACGAAUAUCGAGAGAUGGUGCGCCGCUUGGAGGCUGCCCCGCCCCAGAAAGGCCGCCGAAAGGGAUUGUCUGAGUUCGUGGACCUCUGCUGUGCAGGGAGAACCCGGCCCAAUCCUCAUGUCAAGGUUGCCUACGAGCACAAUCGGAAGGUUUUUCAGAAACAGAGAGGUCCAUGCACCCACAUGUAUGACAUGGCCAAAGGCUACCCGGGAAACCCGCGCGUCUUUGAGCCGGAUCCUCGCAUUUCGAUGCCUGCAGGCCAGAUUCCUAGACCGUGGACUCCAACGCCCACUCCCGUGCGGCCGCCGUCCGCGCCACCAGUGCAGGGCGGCAACCGCAUGAGGCGACCGCAGUCAGCCCGAACAUCGGGAGCACGACCGCAGCCUCAGACGAUUGCAGCUCCGCCCUCUGCUCUGGUAGCUGGUAGCUGA